GUCGUAAUGAAAAAUGAGUAAAGGAGAAAACCCUAGAAUAAAUUAUGAAAGAAUACUUUGCUUUCUCACUUUGCUUCUGUCAAAUUUGACAUUGCUGCCGGACGGGCACCACCAGCUCCGCCCUACAACGACUCCCAUCGGUCCCCGCCACUGCCAGUGCGACCCUCCGCCCAGAUCCCCAAUCCGCCACCACUCGUAUCAUAACAUGGUUUUUUCCCCAAUAGGAUUUUCUACCACUGAAAUCAAUUGAAGAAUGAUAGAACAUGGAACUUUUAGAGUGCUCUUUGAUAGCUGUUUAUAUUUAGAUCAACCAGCUGCUUGCUGGCUGUUACCAUUAAAUUUAUAAUAAGCACACGAAGAUUGGCGUGGAAAAUGGAGUGCAAUAAAGAUGAGGCCGCUAGGGCUAAAGAGAUUGCAGAAAAGAAGUUCUUGGCAAAGGACAUUAUGGGUGCAAAAAGGUUUGCUUUGAAGGCACAAACUUUAUUUCCUGGACUUGAAGGUAUCCCCAAAAUGUUAUCAACGCUCGAUGUAUAUAUUUCUGCUGAGAACAAGAUAAGUGGAGAGGCUGAUUGGUAUGGGAUACUUGGUGUGGAUCAAAAAGCAGAUGAUGAGACAGUUAGGAAACAGUAUAGGAAGCUUGCUCUUAUGCUUCACCCUGAUAAGAACAAGUCCAUAGGAGCUGAUGACGCUUUUAAGCUUAUUUCACAAGCAUGGGCUUUGUUGUCUGAUAAAGCCAAGAGAGUAGCUUAUGACCAAAAGAGGAACUCAACAAUGAGUCAAAAAAUUUCUAAUACAAGUGCAAAUGGAUCAGCAGCAUCAGGGGCGAAUUCCACAAAAACUACUACAUCUAAGGCGAAACCUCCGAAAAGUACCACUUGUGCAGGUUCCUCAACUCAUAAGCCAGAGGUGAAUUCCACAAAACCUAGAAACUCUAGGGCAAAGCCUCCAAAAACUGCCCCUCCAAAAGGUCACUCCUCAACUCCUGCUUCAUCUCAAAAGGCAGGGGUAAAUUCCACAAAAAAUACAGAAUCUAGUGCAAGUCCUCCGAUGUGUACCACUUCAGCAGGCCACUCAACUGCUGCUUCAACUUGUAAACCAGGGGUGAAUUCCACAAAAACUAGAAACUCUAGGGCAAAGCCUCCAAAAAUUGCCACUCCAGCAGGUGACUCCUCCGGAACUCCUGCUUCAACUCAAAAGCCAGAGGUAAAUUCCACAAAAAAUACAGAAUCUAGAGCAAGACCUCCCAAAUGUACGACUUCAGCUGGCCACCCAACUCCUGCUUCAACUUGUGAACCAGGGGUGAAUUCUACUAAAAGUACAGGAUCUGGGACAAGUCCUCCAAAAUGUACCAUUCCAGCAGGUCAUUCCACAAAAAAUACAGAAUCUAGUGCAGGGCCUCUGAAAAGUACCACUCCAGCAGGUCACUCAACUCACAAGACAGAGAUAAAUUCCACAAAAAAUACAGAAUCUAGCACAAGUCCUUUGAAAAGUACCAUUCGAGCAGAUCACUCAACUCCUUCAAGUCAGAUGCAAAAUUCCAAUACCUUUUUUUGGACAGCAUGCCAUCGCUGCAAGAAGGACUACAAAUUUCUCAGAUUUUAUCUUAAUCAUAAGCUCCAAUGCUACGAUUGUCAUGAGCCAUUUCUUGCAGUAGAAACAACUCUGCCUCCUAAUGGCUUGAAGUCACCAAAAUCUUUGCAGCAACAAAAGAAGUCAAUUAAGCAAAAAGCUACUAAAAAGACAUCUAAUCCAAAAAAGAAAAGUUCUGCCUCUCAAAAUGCAGGAACUGGAGGGCUUAAUGGUUCAGAUACACAAAACCAAAGCAAGUUUGAUUGGGCUACAUUCUCGAGAACAACUGGUGCUUCAGCUGCUGCUCAAGCUGCAACUAUGGUACAACAGGUCUUUCAUACGCUUAAGAGAGGAUUUGAGGAGGUCCAUGCAACAGCAAUGGAAAGAGAGGAAUUGUGGCGAAAGAACCGCCGCUCUCCUAGGAAGAUGAAUGGUGAUUCUUCAGUGAGUUCUAAUAUCGAUGACAAAAUGUCAAAGCAUCAUGCCAAAGACACAGAAAGAACUAGUAAAAAACCAAAGAGAAAGUGAUGACAUUAGGUCUAGUAGUAUUUUGGGGCUAAUUUCUUACUGGUAGGAGUGCCUUGGUAGUUUAAAGUUUUCUUUUAUUUGUCUGUGUAAAGUUUCAAGCUUGAACCUAAUUUCCUCUUUAGUUAAAGUUUGUGUACUGACAAAUUAUGUGUUCGUGUACAUAUCUCUAUACAAAGCUGAGGCUAGUAACCUUGGGUGACAUUAAGUUGCCAGAAGAGCUUGGAAUAUGGACAAAUUUAGACUACGGAUAUGAAUAGAGCAAGUUUUACUAUGCAAAGAA